GUUCACACCACGACUCGACGCCCAGCAUACUGCGACCAUAACAUACAACGCCUCUUGAGGCAGCGGUAGAUGAGCGAAAGGGGUGUGGGAAACCCAUGGACUACCUACGAAGAUAACCUCCUCAUCCAGGCCGUGGCCAUUCAUGGCGAGAAUGACAACUGGAAGGCGGUCGCCCUCUCUGUACCGGGCAGGACGAACAAGGCGUGCCGGAAGCGCUGGCUUCACUCUUUAUCUCCGAAUGUGAAGAAGACCGCAUGGACUUCUGAAGAGGACCAGCUGCUCCUCUCGUUAUAUGCAGUCCAUGGAACAAAGUGGUCUGUCAUAGCUCGUAAUAUUCAAGGCAGGACGGACGACGCGUGCUCCAAGCGAUACAGAGAAGCCCUGGAUCCGUCUCUAAAGCGCGACGACUGGACAGCCGCGGAAGAUACCAAGCUCCUGGAAGCUUACGCUCGCCUUGGGGGGAAAUGGGGAAUCAUUGGGCAGGAGCUGGGCCGUAGCGGCCUGGGUUGUAGGAACAGAUGGCGGAUGCUGGAGAGAAAGAGGACCGCUGCCGCACGCGGGUCUGCCGCUGAAGGGGCGCCCUCGUCGUCUGCAUUGGAUUCGACGUCCCAGUGGGUACCUGAUCAGGGCUCUGUCCAGGACACUCCGCCAUGGGAUGGCCGGAGCCCUCAAUAUGUCACGCCGUCGAUGUUGUUCAACAGCUCGCCUAAUCACUCUCAGGAGACGCAUUCUGCUGCUUACCGGCCAGAACAGAUACUCUCAGGAGUUCAUCUGGCCAGCGCGAACAACAGCCCAUCGCACCUCCAACAGUUCCACUAUGGAUCAUCCUCGCUCGGCGGCGUCCCACCACAUCCCAGAUCUGCCGCACACUCGCCCAACCCCUACGCGUACCACCCGCAAACCACGGCCGUAUCACUCGGCCAUGACGCACCUCGGGGCUCCCGUGCCAACGUCUCAACACCUGGUCAAUCCGGCGAGUCCCCUUGUGGUGAUUAUGAACCGAUAACCAUCCCUGGCUCCACCAUAUGUGCGACUCCGGAAGCUACCCACCAAGAUGAUCACCAGAACACGCGGUCUAUCUCGAAUCGCCAGCAUGUGAGGCCUUCUCUUUCCCCUGACCUGCUCGGCGACGCUGGCCCUGCGGUCGCGAUAUCAGAUUCCCCUGCUUCUCCAUCUCCUGUUGCGUCCCCCUUACCACUUGACGCUCUUCCGGCGACGCCUUCCACCGAACACACCGGAUUGUCCAGCGCGGCUGUUCCUAGUCAUAGUACACAGGCCCCAAGAUGCAAUUAUUACCGAACAGAAGCUGAGAAGGCACAGCUGACCACAGCGCCGCGGAAAGCAUCUGCUUCUCAGCGCCCAACCCGUCUGUCUUCGCUUCUCCCUGCCACCGCAGACCCCAGCGUUUUGGCAUACGCAUGUGGCCACCGCGACUGCUGGCCGGAGGGUGGCGUGAGUAGCAAGAGCGCAUUUGCCACUUCCAAAGAACUAUCCGACCACAACAAGAUCGUUCAUAGCGGCGAUCUCGGUGGCAGCAAGCCUUUCCGAUGUGCGCUGGCGGGGUGUGAGAAGAGCUGGAAGAGUGUCAACGGCUUGCAGUAUCAUUUACAAAUAUCGAAGGUGCACUUCCAGCAGGCCCUGGCGACCAUACGCGACCCUCCCGUGCUUGGCAGCGCGGCCGCCGAAUUUGCGGCGUCUGCGGCGUCUGCACAAGGCACAGCUGAGGGCGAGCCAGUCAACGGUCCUCCCACUACCCCCGCCGACGUGAUUGGCCCUGUAGACAUUCCCGACGCGGCCGCAAGAGACCCACGUCCAGACGACGCGCGACCGACGAAGCCGAAGAGGAAGUUGCAUCCCUGCCCGCACCCAGGGUGCGGCAAGCAGUACAAGCAACUGAGCGGGCUGCGCUAUCACUUGUCUCACGGCCAUGCGGAGGAGCUUCCGAUGCAGCUCGACGUCGUGCCACCGACACUUGCGCGCAUGGUCGCGGAGAAGGGUCGGGCUUCUCAUGAGUAG